CUCUCUCUCUCUCUCUCGUCAAAGAGAGAGAAAAAAGAGGAAGAGGGAGGAGUACAGAAAUUCAAAACACCCGCAAGAGCGAGGAAUCAGAGGCAAUGGCGUUAAGGUGCUCCACCACAACUCUCCCUCCUCAGCUCGCUACUUCCCCUCGCCAUCUCUCGAAAUCCUCCCUCCGCCUUUCUUCCCUGUCGUGGGGGCGCACGUUAGCUACAGCCCAGGACGAUCUCCUCUCCUCCGCUACCCUCUCCCGACUCACCUCCCAAGGCAGAUAUUCUACACCAUCAGCCAUAACAUGCAGAGCUCAGACAGUAGUAGCAACCAAUUUGGCUCCAGGGACUCCUGUAAGGCCUACAAGCAUACUGGUUGUUGGGGCUACUGGAACUUUGGGCCGGCAGAUUGUCAGGCGUGCUUUAGAUGAAGGCUAUGAUGUUAGAUGCCUUGUAAGGCCUCGCCCUGCCCCUGCUGACUUCCUUCGUGAUUGGGGUGCCACCGUUGUCAAUGCUGACCUGAGCAAACCGGAGACGAUCCCUGCAACUCUUGUUGGCAUUCAUACCGUAAUUGACUGUGCCACAGGACGACCGGAAGAGCCUAUCCGGACGGUAGAUUGGGAAGGAAAAGUUGCUCUCAUACAAUGUGCAAAGGCAAUGGGUAUUCAGAAGUAUGUAUUCUAUUCAAUCCACAACUGUGAUAAGCAUCCAGAAGUUCCUUUGAUGGAUAUCAAGCAUUGCACUGAGAAGUUUCUUCAAGAUUCAGGUCUAACCUACAUCACUAUUCGACUAUGUGGUUUUAUGCAGGGCCUAAUUGGGCAGUAUGCAGUACCGAUUCUUGAAGAGAAGUCUGUGUGGGGAACUGAUGCCCCAACUCGAAUAGCUUACAUGGACACCCAGGAUAUAGCCCGAUUAACAUUUAUAGGUCUAAGGAAUGAGAAAAUUGAUAAGAAACUUCUGACAUUUGCGGGACCUCGUGCUUGGACAACCCAAGAGGUGAUUACUUUGUGUGAGAGGCUUGCAGGACAAGAUGCAAAUGUAACUACGGUCCCUGUUUCCAUCUUGAGAUUCACUCGCCAGCUAACUAGGUGUUUCCAGUGGACAAACGAUGUUGCUGAUAGAUUGGCAUUUUCAGAGGUGCUCUCAAGUAACACAGUUUUCUCAGUCCCCAUGACGGAGACAUAUAAUCUUCUUGGGGUUGAUCAGAAAGACAUUGUCACGCUAGAGAAAUAUUUGCAGGACUACUUUACCAACAUAUUGAAGAAAUUGAAAGACAUCAAAGCACAGUCAAAGCAAACCGACAUUUACUUCUGAAAAUGCCUAUCCUUUCGUUGUACAUGAAGUGAUGUGAAUGAGUUGGGAAUCAUGUAAAGUUUCUGAAAGUCCAUAUUAAGGGAUGUUUGCAGUGAAGAAGAAACCAAUGGAGGUAUCGUGUUUUUUCAGCUAUUCUUUGUUCUGUUCAUUUUCCUCAGAAAUCUAGUCCUAGAGAACCUCUCUUUUUGCUGCGGUUGAGUAGAACUUGUAAGUGUAACAUGUGCAUACAAAGGAAUGUACGAAUACCAUACCAAGAUGAAACAGGAAAAUUAGUGCAAGAUGAGAAGCAGGCAGUGUUGAAAUAUAGCUCAAUUUCCAAUACAUAAGAAAGAUGUCACAUUGCUGAUACUUAAUGAAAUUAGUUACUGAGAA